ACAAUCACAAUGAAGUUCGUGAUCUUGGCUUUGUUUGUCGCUGGUGCCUACGGGUGCGGCCUGCCCACCUACCCACCCACCAUCACCAGGGUGGUUGGUGGAGAUGAUGUCCGUGAGCACAGCUGGCCAUGGCAGGUGUCUCUGCAGUACAAGAGCAGCAGCACGUUCCGCCACACCUGUGGUGGCACUCUGAUCUCCAACCAGUGGGUCCUCACUGCUGCUCACUGCAUCAGCAGCCGCAACACCUACCAAGUCUAUCUGGGCAAACACAAUCUGAAGAUCUCCAACGAGGCUGGCUCCAUCGCCAUCUCCCCCGCUAAGAUUGUUGUUCAUGAGCAGUGGGACCCCUACAGGAUCCGUAAUGACAUCGCCCUGAUCAAGCUCUCCAUGCCUGUGCUUUUCACCGACACCAUCACGGCUGCCUGUCUUCCUGACUCCGGCCACAUCCUGCCCCAUGGUGCUCCUUGCUACGUCACUGGCUGGGGACGCCUCUCGACUGGAGGUCCCAUCGCUGACAUCCUGCAGCAGGCUCUCUUGCCCGUGGUUGGACACUCCACCUGCACCAAGCCUGACUGGUGGGGCAGCCUGGUCACCAGCAACAUGAUCUGCGCUGGAGGAGAUGGAGAUCUGGCUAGCUGCAACGGAGACUCUGGUGGCCCCCUGAACUGCCAGAACCCUGAUGGCUCCUGGGACGUCCACGGUGUUGUGAGCUUCGGCUCCAGCAUGGGCUGCAACUACCCCAAGAAGCCCUCUGUCUUCACCCGUGUCAGCGCCUACAUGUCCUGGAUCAACAAAGUGAGUGGAAAUGGGUUUGGCUUAUACAGUUUUUAA